AUGACUACCACGCAAGACAACAUCAGCUUGCACGUCGACGAGAAUCUCGAGUUCAGUGUCCAGCAUGGCCUGGAAUUGCCAGACCCCGAGCAAGGAGAAUUCCUAGUCGAGACACACUUUUCCGGGGUGAACCCAUCCGACACCAAGCAUGCUACCGAUUUCCAAAUCCAUCCUGUUGUUCUGGGAUAUGACUACUGCGGAAAAGUCCUCAAGACACCAACCAACUCACGCUUUCAACCCGGCCAAAUCGUGGCCGGAUACGCUCGAACCAGACUAGGCCGUCCAUUGAAAUACGGCGUUCAUCAGAUAUAUCUCAUCAGCGUUGCAGAAACGGCUUUCGCCCUGGCAAUCUUUCGCCACAGCAUGCCGCCUGGUGCCUCCACCAGCGUAGGGAUCUCUGCUCUUCAACUAGCCCGCGCCAGUAGAGUCAAGUCCAUCUUCGUAACUGCUUCACCCGAAAGACACGCUCUACUGCGUGAGCUAGGCUCCACGCAUUGUUUUGACUAUAAAUCUCUCGGAUACGAUUCUGGCCUUGUCGUGGUUCAGCCGGAUCCGCGAUUCAAAUUGCCCUUGGCGGCGCCAAAUCAUGACGUAAGUAUCCAGAUUGCGGGCAUUCCUCGUCCUUUCACGAUUCCGGCGCGCUAUGCCGACUAUGAACGUGCUUGGAAGGGAGUUCAGUGGGUUGCUGAGAACUAUGGGGAUCGGUUUCGGUUGCCGUCUGUAGAGGUGUUUGAGGGUACUGCGGAUGAAGCCUUGGAAGAGUUGAAGGUUGUUGGGAAUCAUGGACGAGGGUUUGGGAAGUUGGUUCUAAAGCAUCCGUUCUAG